CUAAUUUCAAGGCUCUUGACUCUGUACUUAGACCUCCAGGCAGCCCCGGUUUGCAGACUCGGCAGCGAGAUGGCACGGUGUGUGGUACGGCUCCAGUCCCUCCUCUGUGAACCCGUGUUACAGCAUGUUUACUUGCUGGGGUCUGCGGUGACACGGAAUCUCUCACGCCCGCUGCCACGGGUGGCUUUACAGCGCAGAGACCUCCACACCACGCGGGGAGUUUUUAAAGACGCAGCCGAGAGCAGCAAAAUAACAAUCCACUUCAUCAACCAAGAUGGAGAGAGGACCACCACUACAGCGACGGAGGGGGAAAGCUUGCUGGACGUCGUGGUGAACAAGAAUUUAGAUUUCAGUGGCUUUGGUGCUUGUGAGGGAACACUAGCCUGCUCAACAUGCCACCUGAUUUUCGACAAGAACGUUUUUAACAAGCUGGAGCCCCUGGUGGACGAGGAGCUGGACAUGCUGGACUUGGCCUAUGGCCUGACUAACACGUCUCGUCUGGGCUGUCAGGUGUUUGUUCAGAAGUGGAUGGACGGGAUGACAGUUCAGGUGCCGCAAAAGGUGAAUGACAUCAGGAAGGCAGCCGCAUCAUCUUUGAAACAGUGAGAGAGAGGAAGGCAGCAGAAUCAUCUUGUUUAAUGAGAGAGCUCACACUUCAUACUGCUGCUGCUGCUGCUGCUGGUGCUGACAUUGUUUCUGUGUCCUGAGUUGCUCCUAAUUCUCCAACACCCACAGCAUGCAUUUUACACUUUGUAUUAAGAUCUGACCUUUAAGAGGCUUCCCCAGAAAGCCACAGUAUUCUCACCUCUUUAGCAACCACUUACCUGCCUCCUCCACCUGACCUGGUAACCAGCAGCCCUCACUAACCCAACCCAGUGCCCCUGAUAUUUCUUCUUAGUGUGCUGUGUGCAUGUAAAAAAAAAACUGAAAAACAUUGAACUUUUCCUUAUUUAUCCAGGUCGGAAUAUAAUAAAAGUUUCCUCGGGACAUUUCUGUGGUGACAAACUCCCAUGUUCAGAUUAACUCGCCAUGCAUGCAUUAUAAAGACCAUUAAUGUGCAUCCAUUGCUUAGAGGUUUUCAAAGAUAUUGCAAGCAUCAUUUGUGCUGAUGAAAUGUAAUCAUUAAACUCUAUUUA